UUCUUUAUCUUUUGCGAUUGAGUUAAUAAACUGUGUUUUAUUAUUUAUCAUUGUUCCUCGCUUAUACGCAACUUAUUAUUUGGUGGCAGAGGUUCUCUACUGUAUAUCCGAUGGAAAAAAGUUUUAUUAAACCAAUGAUAAUGAAGAUCGACGAAGAUCUCAUAGAGUAUUUAGAAUAUUAUGAAAGAGUUUCGCAUGCAAUCGAUUGGGAUGAUAAACUAAAGGCUAAACUGUUUCCUGCCUUUUUGCCUAAUCAUUCCGAAGCCUUACGUAUUCUAAAUUCUAUGAACGAAAAUGACAAGAAGUCUUUCAAAAAAAUUAAAGAAUGUUUCUUUGAAUCUGAAAAACCUAAAAGAAAUUUAAUCGUUCAAACAUUAUUGAAUUUAAAGAGAUCUAAAGAUGAACAACUUUCGCGUUUAGCCUCACGUGUUCAGGAGUUAACGUUAAAGGCUUAUCCUAAUGCUAAAACUAUUGUUCGUAAUCUUUUAGCUAGAGAUAUUUUUAUUAACGCUCUUCAGCCUUCUUUAAAAGUAAAAACAUUGGCUAUUCCGGAUUUACCCGAGAAUAUUGAUGAAGUUAUCAACUUAAUUGGUCCAAUGGAUUUAGCUUCUAAUCGAUUCAAUUUUUAUGAUAAAAAUGAUUAUUUUGGUUCAAGUUUUUCUUCGGAUACGGAUGAAGAUGUAUCUUGUGAUUUUUGUGGUAGAAAAAACCAUGUUUCUGAAGAUUGUUAUUUCAAAAAAAAGAAUGAAGAAAAUCAUUAUGAUUUCAACAAUGUAAAAAAUAAAGUUGGAAAUCAAGGAAAUUCUAAUAAUUCGUCUAACAAUAGAAUUGAAAGGAAAGAAAUUAAUGCAAUUAUGGUUCGAAAACAACCUCAGUGUUUUACUAAAAUUAAAAUAAAUCAAGUUGAAACUUUGGCUAUGAUUGAUUCAGGUUCGGAUGUUUCCGUUAUUCCUAUGAAUAAACGAUUUUUAUCUAACGAGGAAAUAGAAACUGCUAAGGUAUCGGUUUCAGGAAUCACUAAAGAUAAUAUGAAAAUUCUUGGCGAAACAUUUGCUUCUUUUGAAUUAAAUGAUAUAAAAUUUAAGCAUAAAAUGGUAGUUUCUGACUUUGAUCAUGUAAUUCUUGGUUACGAUCUAUUUUCUUCUAAAGAUCUGCAAUUUUCUUCUGAUUUCAAAACUUAUUUAUCGUGUCAAAAAGAUGGCCUAAUUUGGUCUAGCAAGAUUUUCAAUUUUUCUAAGCAUUUCAGGAAAAAGAAAAAGAAAAAGAGAAAAUGCAUUCUCGAUUUAAAGGGGAGGAAGGGUUAUGGUCAAAUGAAACCUCGUGCAUUUUCUCAAGGUUCUUCAAUGGUUUUGGAACCUGCUUCCGGCCGCCCAUGGUCUCGAACUGCGCAAGAGGUGUAAUGUGAUUAGAGUUAUAAUUUAAUGUUUGAGUUCGAUUCCAUUGUUGGCCGAGGGCAGGAAUACUAUUUAAG